GACACGUCACGUUGCUAAUUAUGUUCUGUCUCGGGUUUUGCGUUCCGUAAAUCAGCUAGUUUAUUUUCCUUUCUCCACUCGGCGGCUCCGCGCGUUAACCAGCCGGAAAGUGGGACUGCACUUCAUGCUUGUUAGCUGCCUUCGGCGUUAGCAGGCUAACGCCCGUUGCUAAUCCUGUAUCGUACCUCUCGGUUGCAGCUCGCUAACUGCGCGAGCAAACUGUUAAUAAAGCCAGCCUCCUCCUAACGUUACAUAUUAAGCGUUAGGAGACGUUGGCUAAAUCAGGAAGUGUCUGGUGUGCGUACAGCUGGCUGUGAGUUCAGGAAAGUACCUGGCGGAAAUAUAGUAUCUGUGGCGUUAAUUUACAGAAAGCGAUUCUUGUUUUCCCUCCAAAGGAGAGUCCGUCUUUGAAUGCUUUAUGAAUCUCCCAGGCUCAGAUAUAUCGCUUUCAGUUCUGAUUCAACAAGAAGUCAGUGGGCAGGUUCUGCUGAUAUAAAGAAGCCCCUUUUGUUACCCCUGGAGGAUUAAAAAAAAUUUAUUGGGUUUUUUUCAAUUCAAUUAUGAACACUUAGACACCCUCAAAAGGGAUGUCCGAGUUGGGGGGAGGGGUUUGAGAGCACAAAUCCUUCGGUCUGUGUGUGUGUGUGUGUGUGUCUGUGUGUGUGUGUGUGUUUUGUAGAUGUUUAAUAUGUUUCCUUUAUCCACAUAAGCACAUACCAUAUGUUUAAGUUUGAGCAGCUUGAUAGUGUGUUAGAUAUGUAUUUAUUAGAUGCGCAAGACACUCAAGUGCAUAAUGAUCCUGGGUGAUGUGAUGCAUACUUUUUAAAGGUGCAUUUUAAUCACACUGUUGUUACUGCAGAUGAUGAGUUUUUUUGUUUGUUUUUCAUUCAUCCACUUGAACUUUCAUUUGAAAGAGAAAUGUUGACAUUGAGGCAGUUCAAUGUUCAGGUGUAGUGCUCUCCGCAAGCUACAGGUAAUGUGGAUGCAAGUAGAAACUGUGUGAUGUGAAACCAACAUCUGUCUGGUGAUGGGGGUACUGGUACUUAAGCUUUCACUGUCUUAAUCUUGGUUGGAUCUUCCUCCUCGUUUAUAUGCUUAUCCACUCAUCUGUGAUCCUCUUUGGCAUUACUGAAGUGUGUUUGUGUGAGAGAGCAAGACCUUGGGUUUUCUCAAACCCCUCUCCCUCCGAGGGACAUCUCUUUUUCCUUAUUCACUAAAAUCCAAAAAUGGAAACUCUUCUUAAGCUCAAAAACAACCAGUUUUUGAUGGGUCUGUUUCGCAAUGGACCUCCACCUGAACUGCAAUAUGAUAACUCCUCAGAGCUCUUCCGCAUCUCAACCUUUGCUCGCUUCCCAACAUCAGUGGUCACAGAACGAAGUCUGGCGAGGGCAGGUUGGUUCUACACCGGCGUGGGUGACCGCGUUCAGUGUUUCAGAUGUAACGUGACGGCAGAGGGCUGGCAGCCCGGCGACUGUCCAACAGAGAAACACAGACAGCUCUCUCCUUCCUGCUCCUUCAUCCAGAGCCUCCCAUCUACAGCCAACCUACUGUCCUCUUCUCACUCUGCCUUCUCCCCACUCCGCAUUGCCCCAGCAUUACCACUUUCUGGUCCAGGCCCAGCUGCUCCUAAUGCAGCAGUAAGCCAAGGUGAAGAGCCUGUUGGCUACCUGAAUAUGGCCUUCUCUGCUCCCCCACCCUCCAGCCCACUGACUUCCCGUGGCGUUGAGGACAUGUCACACCAGAGACCAACGUGCCACAAUCCAAGCAUGCGCAGAGAGCAGGACCGUCUGGAUACCUUUCAAUCCUGGACGCUGUCCAUCAUAACACCUGCAGAGCUCGCCAAAGCUGGCUUCUAUUACCUGGGUCAGGGUGACCGAGUGGCUUGCUUCAGUUGCGGAGGACAGCUAAGUAACUGGGAGCCUGGGGACAGAGCCAUAUCCGAACAUCAGAGGCAUUAUCCAAACUGCCGCUUUGUCCGGGGGGACAGAGCUGACAACGUGUCGCUAGCUGGUGCAGCGGCAACUGCAUCCUUAGCAGCGACUUCCCAAAUGUCUUCAGGAGCCACAGUUCUCACUAACGUGUCCAACCCUGCCAUGCAGCAGAGUGAGGAGAGGUUGCUCACCUUUGUCAACUGGCCAUCACGUAUCCCUGUCCGGCCAGACCAGCUUGCUAAAGCCGGCUUCUACUAUGUAGGUCGUAAUGAUGACGUCAAGUGUUUCUGUUGUGAUGGAGGCCUGAGAUGCUGGGAGUCUGGGGAUGAUCCAUGGGUGGAGCAUGCUAAGUGGUUUCCUCGGUGUGAAUAUUUGCUCCAGGAGAAAGGACAAGAAUUUGUUCACCAGAUCCAAGCUCGAUUUCCUCGGCUUUUUGAACAACUUUUAACAAAUGGAGACAGUAACUCCAGAGAGUUUGUGGAUCCACCAGUGGUUCACCUCGGUCCAGGGGAGGAGCGGUCUGAGGAUGCCAUCAUGAUGAACACCCCCGUGAUUAAGUCUGCUUUAGAGAUGGGCUUUGAGCGAAGUCUAGUCAAGCAAACAGUCCAGAGCAAGAUUCUGACCAGUGGCGAGAACUACAAGACGGUCCAGGAGCUGGUUUCAGAUCUGCUGAGCGCUGAAGAUCAGAAAAGAGAAGAGGAGCGAGAGAUGCUGGCAGAGGCCAUGGCAUCAGAUGGUUUCACUUUUGUGAAGAGACACCAGGCAGCUUUGAUCCAGCGUCUGAAAAGUGUCGAGCCAGUGUUGGAGCAUUUAAGAGAUCAGAACGUGUUGUCUGCUGAGGAGUAUAGCGGUCUUUUGGCUCAGACAUCCGCCCAGCAGCAAACUGCCCGGUUGAUAGAGCUCAUCCUCACAAAGGGAAACGCUGCAGCUGAGGUCUUCCGCAACUGGAUCCAGAAAAACGACGUCCACCUGCUCAGAGAUCUCAUGGCUCAAUCAAAUGAAGCUGCAUCACCAAGCCAGGAUCUUUCAGACCUCCCAAUGGAGGAGCAGCUGCGGCGCCUACAGGAGGAGCGUACCUGCAAGGUGUGUAUGGAUAAAGAGGUCAACAUCGUCUUCAUCCCAUGUGGACACCUGGUGGUGUGUAAAGAGUGCGCGCCAUCACUGCGAAAGUGCCCGAUCUGCAGGGGCUUGGUUAAAGGCACAGUUCGAACCUUCCUCUCAUAGGCAGGAGGUUUGUUCUCAGUUUUGAUACUGAAAGUAAACAUUAGGCUAUAGUUAUAAUAUAUUUAUUGAAAGAAUAAGGUAAUUUUACACUAGAAUCUGUUAGAAUUGACCUGGAUUCAUGCACAGGGGCUAAUCUCUAUGGUAUAUACAAGUCACUGUUCAAAUGUAGCCUGUCUACAAUUAGACAAACUGCUAAAAUGAUAUGCUUGUGUUUCAAUAAAACAGUCACUUUGAACUGCA